UGUGCGAUCAAGAUAAUCGCCGGGGCGUCAAGAAGGGGCUGUGGUGCAAUUGGCAGGCAAGUGCAUCGCAAAAAUAAUUGAUCAAAAAGCAUAAGGACCCCAUCCAAAAGGAAAGAAGAAUAAAAGAGCACCCUCAACAAAUUUUCAAACAACCAGGGGGCAAGAUGACAUCUUUCCAUAAAGUGUUGGCCUUCAUCUUCCUUCUUGCUUUUACCCUCACCAAUUUGGAUCCGACAUGCGGUCAGCCAACGCGAUCACCAUCGUCUCGUGAUGACCGCUUGAGAAAAGAGAUUGAUCACAGUGAUAGUCGCUCAAGGAAAGAGCCAUACCGUCGCGAGCCGCAUCGCAGUGUUGAUCGUCCGAGAAAAGAAUUGUAUCCCAAGGAUGAUCGUAAGAGAAAGUAUGAGUCCUUUCGCAAGAACGAAGAUGAACCUCAAUAUCAAAAGUCACAGAAGAGCUAUCGUUCGACAAGAUCUGAAUCUUCUCGUUGGAAAUAUCACUCCGAUAAAGAUUCUCGCACAUUUCGAUCUCAAAAGCCAAGUGUGGAGUCUGUUGAAAGGCAACAAUUGCUGAAGGAGGAAGCAUCUAGAAUCAGACGAAAUUCGCGAAAGGAUAUUAAAACGUCCAAAGAAGAAAUCAAGCGCUUAACGAAAGAAUUCAACCAAUUCCACGAUGCUAGACUCGCAGCCGAUCGCGCAGAAAUUCGAGUGGGUAAUACAGUGCGUGACGCUUGGGCUGGUAAAUAUAUCGAGCUAGAAACGGCAAAGUCAAAUAUCCGGAGGCAUGAAAGGGCUGGUAACUAUUUGCAUCAUACUCCUGCUGUUAGUCAAGCUCUUCAUGAACAAGCAGAUAAAUUAAAAGCUGGGCCUGAACGCUUAGAAGCCGAGAUGGCUGAUCUCAAGAGUAAAGGAAAGCAUGAUGAAGGCUUGGAAUGGAUUCACAACUAUAAACACAUUCAGGAACACAAUGAAUUUCUAGACAAGGUCAACCGACAUGCAGGUUCGAUAUUUAUGGAUAAACAACUUCUCCGUAAAUAUAAAAAGUACUGAGCUUGUACUCACGAGAAAGGAAGAAGCUGCAGUUUAUCGCUUUAGUGUCUGUAUUGACAUAGUCAUAUUUCUGUAUUGCAUCUCAUUGUCAUCUUUGUCUCUUUUCCUAGUGGGCAAGUAUACAUUGAAGCAAGCUUAGGUGUCCCUUGUCCUCCGAAGAGGAUUAGCAAGGGGAAAGCUGCCUGCAUGAUGCUAAGCAAACCGUAAAGCACAAG